GGAAAGGGAAAGGGGGAUGGGAAGUCUCUUUGUAUUUCUUCUGACGACGUGGGAUUUGCUUAUCCACGGAUCCACAAGUACGACCAUUCUUCUUCCUCUUCUUUCUUCAUCACUUCGGGAAGAAGAACUUCAAUAUUUAUGCUUUCUCCAGACAAGAACUUAAUUGAUAUCACCAGCAACUUCCAAUGGCCAAGCCGGUUUAUACUGUGAAUGCCUUGAGAAUUCUGUUCGUUGUGUUGGGUUGCUUGAUGUUGGGAAUCCUCAUCUACACUCUCUCCACCAAUGGUUCUCCAUUCCGCAGAGAGCUCUUCACACCGUGGAUGACAGCAACCUUGGUUGAUUUCUAUAUCAAUGUUAUUGCACUAGCGGCAUGGGUUGCCUACAAGGAACCAAAUUGGAUUAGUGGAGCAAUCUGGAUAAUUCUAUUAGUAUGUUUUGGAAGCAUCGCUACAUGUGCCUAUGUUGUUCUCCAACUUUUCAAGAUCUCAUCUCAAGAUCCUUUACAAGACCCUUUAUACCAUGUUUUGUUGCGGCAUUGGAACAAGAAUGAUGUCGAAAGACAUAAGACCAUCUCCUUUGUCGUGGUCGCAAGGGUUUUUUUCAGCGCAUUGGGUUGCAUGAUGUUGGGAACACUGAUUUGCACCAUAAUGAUUGAUGGCCUUCCAUUCCGCAAAGAGCUAUUGACACCAUGGAUGGAAGCAACACUGGUAGAUUUUUAUAUUAAUGUUGUGGCUAUUGCGGUUUGGAUUGCUUACAAAGAAUCGAGCUGGGUAACUGCACUCUUGUGGAUAGUUCUAUUGAUAUGUUUUGGCAGCCUCACAACAUGUGCCUUCAUAGUCUUGCAGCUUGCCCACCUCUCGUCUCAAGAUCCACUGUACCUAGUUUUGUUAAAUGAUCAUAGCAGUAAUCCAGCUAUCAUCAAGCAUGAUGCAUUUUGAACUGAGUACAGAACUUACUAAGCGGCGAUGCAAGUGUCUGUGGCUGAAGGGAUGUUGUUCCAUGGGUUGGGAGUUCUUACCUUCUAAAUGAAUCAGCUUAAUUUUGAUGGCUCCACGUCAGUGGGGAAAGAUGCCAGUAUGGUUUUAGAGCUGUUCCAAAUAAGCGAGAGCAACGCAUUUAAAUUCAGAUGAAUGUUCAACUAGUGAUCACCUAUAUAGCGAGAUAAAUCAUCUCCUGUUUGUGUAGGGGGAACUUGAUAUUUCGCUAUAGUUCAAGCGAGAAGAGUGAUAUUUCCUCAACAUUUAUUGAUACCCACUCAUUGCCAUGGAAACGUUGAUGCCCUUAUCUUUUCUAUUAGAUGCGGAUAUUAGAUUUGUUAUCUGUAAUGAACUUUGAUCAUCAAUUCAGCAUCACACUUCUGUUCA